AUGGUGGCUGACAAGGGGAAGAAGAUGAAGGUGGAGAAGGGCGGCGAGGAGGAGAAUCACCCUAUCGAUGAGGAGCUGGUUCUCUCCAUCGAGAAGCUCCAGGAGAUCCAAGACGAGCUUGAAAAGAUAAACGAAGAGGCAAGUGAUAAAGUGUUGGAAGUGGAGCAAAAAUACAAUGUGGUUCGCAAGCCAGUCUAUGACAAGCGAAAUGAUAUCAUCAAGUCCAUUCCCGACUUUUGGUUGACAGCUUUUUUAAGCCAUCCUGCACUUGGUAAUCUUCUCAACGAGGAAGACCAAAAGGUAUUUAAACAUCUGAGUUCUUUGGAAGUGGAAGACUUCAAAGAUGUGAAGUCGGGCUACUCCAUCACAUUUAACUUCGAGUCCAAUCCGUAUUUUGAACAUACAAAGCUCACAAAGACAUUUACCUUCCUAGACGAAGGCACAACAGAAAUUACUGCUACUCCAAUAAAGUGGAAGGAAGGCAUGGGUCUGCCUAAUGGGGUUAGUCACGAGAAGAAAGGUAACAAGAGGCCUUUGGCUCAGGAGAGUUUCUUUACCUGGUUUAGCAAUACUCAACCAAAAGACAUGAUUGAUGAUAUCCAAGAUGAGAUUGCAGAGAUCAUCAAGGAAGAUUUAUGGUCCAAUCCUCUCUCGUAUUUCAACAAUGAGGCCGAUGAAGAGGAGUUUGAGGUUGAUGAUGCUGAAGAAGGGGACAAGGAAGGAGAUGACUCUGAUGAAGAUGACGACGAACAAGAUGAUGAUGAAGAUGAUGGGGAAGAUGAUGAAGAACGUGAUGAGUAG